AUGGGCCUCUCGCCGCCCGUGUUUGUAGUCCUCAUCGUCCUCGCAACCGUCGUGCCCCCGCUCAUCGCCGGAGUUCUUCUAUCACGCUUCGUGUGCCGUGACUUCAGAGACGCAGCCGGUGCUGUUAAGUCCAGGCCCCAACGACGUUGUUUCGGCCUCCGACGCGUCAGGUCAGCCGACAGCACCGCCGCCAAAAGCCUCGCCACCCGCGCCCAGAGCUACGCAGACUCGUGGCAAGACCUAGAAAGCCUACGAACGUACAGAGACACGCCGACGCCGACACCAUCGCUUCAGUACUGCACUUCCAUCACGGUCUCGGGACAAGUGUGCCGACCUCAGAAGGAAGCACCUAGCCCCGGGAUAUAUGAUAGUGAUUAUGAAUCAGCAGCCGACAAAGACAGAUACCAGCAUGCUGAGGAUCCUUUCAAGUACGGGUGUAUACAUAGCAUGGGUAUUCAGAUCAUUCCUACAGGGAGUAACUACGUACUUGAUAUUAUCCAGGACAACCCGACACAGACGUAA